AGAGAGUAACUCUCGCCUCGUUCGUCCAAGCGCUCGCUCGGGACAUCCGCUUCCCCAAAGAAUCAUACCAGAACCCUUCCAUUCUACUACUUGCGAAGCCCUAGUCCUGACCGUCGAUCGCGGGUUAUGUCCCCAGAGCGAGAGGAGAUGGUAAUGGGCCGAAAUGGCGUGGGACACUCCCAUACCGACUCCGUUAUCACGGACGAGGGUACUUCGAGCGGGCAUUUAACGACGCCUCCGACGGAUACCGAGGAGGAUGGCCUAGCAACGGAGCAGUUGGAACAGAUAUGGGCUUGGAACACGCCAGUUCCUGAGACGUUGGAAGUAUGCAUGCAUGACCUGGUAGCAGAACAAGCCCGAAUCGAUCCCGGCCGACCAGCUAUUCACUCGUGGGACGGCGCGUUUACCUAUGAGGAUGUGCAGUCGAAGUCGGACCGGUUUGCUGCUCAUCUGGUGUCGGUAGGCGUCGGCAUCGGGUCAACCGUGCCGUUAUGCUUCGAAAAGUCGAGAUGGACAGUUGUGGCCGUGCUGGCUGUCAUGAAAGCCGGAGCAGCCUUCGCGCUGAUGGACCCGAGCCAGCCGGAGGGGAGACUCCGCACCAUCGUCGAUCAGACCGGCGCCUUGACGAUUAUAACAUCCAAGCUACAAGCAAAUCUAGGGAAUCGUAUCGCGCCGAGUGCGACCCGCCUCAUCUUAUCCGACGAGGAUCUCGGUACCUACGAUGCUUCUGCGCCCCUGCCCUUCGUGCCGGCGACUUCGAAUCUCUACAUCCAGUUCACGUCCGGGAGUACGGGUAAGCCGAAAGGUGUCGUGAUAACACACGGAAACUACUCUAGCGGAGCGAUACCGCGUGCCGACAUAGUUGGAUACCGUGCGCAUUCGCGUGUGCUCGACUUCGCGUCGUACGCCUUCGACGUUUGCAUCGACUGCAUGCUCUGCACCCUCUCGGUUGGGGGGUGUCUGUGCAUCCCGUCGGACGCUGACCGGGUGAACGACCUUAGCGGCGCUAUUCGGAACAUGAAUGUCAACAUGGCCCAUAUGACGCCGUCCGUUGCUCGCGUCCUCGACUCCGACAUCAUACCCUCGCUCGAGGUGCUGGGACUGGGCGGCGAAGCCAUCUCGGCGGGCGACGCAACAUCCUGGAGCCAAACAACGAAAGUGAUCAACGCGUACGGCCCUUCCGAGUGCACCGUCGGUUGCGCUGUCAACGGCGAUGUCGGCAAGGAGAGUCACAAGGGACAUGUUAGCAUCGGCAGGGGCGUAGGAGGAGCGCUGUGGAUUGUAGACCCCUCUAACCACGACCAGCUCGUCCCGAUAGGCUCCGUGGGCGAGCUCCUAGUCGAAGGCGCCAUAGUCGGGCCUGGAUACCUGAACGACCCGGAGAAGACGGAUGCCGUGUUCAUCAACGAUCCAAGAUUUCUACUUGCGGGGAGCCCACAGCACGCCGGCCGGAAAGGCCGGCUAUACAAGACCGGCGAUCUGGUGAGGUACGACAGCGACGGCACGAUUGUCUUCGUCGGCCGCGGCGACCAGCAGGUGAAGCUGCGUGGCCAGCGGAUCGAACUUGCAGAGAUCGAGUACAACAUGCGAGACAAGCUGCCACCGGGCACGCGUGUGGCCGCCGAAGUGAUUAGGCCUGGCGGACCGGCUGGAGAACCGACUUUGGUUGCUUUCAUCGCGGAACGAGCAGGUCUCGUGUCCGAGUCGGAGUCUCUCCUCGGCUCUCUACCACCCCAGGUGCUGGACUGUCUUGCGGAUAUGAACAACACACUAUCAGAAAAUCUCCCCAUAUACAUGGUGCCGGCGGCAUAUAUUCCGCUCAAAAUCAUGCCACUCCUUGUAUCAGCAAAGACUGACCGUAAACGACUCCGAGAGCUCGGGCACUCACUAAGCAGGAAAGAUAUCGCUAGCUUCGCCGCCGCGACGGUUCCUAGAAAGGAGCCCUCGACUGCGAUGGAAAAGAGCAUCGCCCAGCUGUGGGGCCAAAUUCUGGGUCAAGAAAUCGACGUCGGCGCUCACGAUAACUUCUUUAGCUUAGGAGGAGACUCGCUUCGCGCGAUGAAAUUAGUCGCUCAGGCCCGAGCGCAGGAUAUCGCUCUAACGGUUGCCGAUAUAUUCGCGAACCCGGUUCUGUCGAACUUGGCCCUCGUAGCGAGGCCCAGGUCUGGAGACACGGAUAUCGAGGUCAAGCCAUUUUCCCUCCUUAGCAGCGGAUGGUCCGAAGAACAUGCCCGGCGCGACUGUGCUGCCCUCUGCGACAUCGACCCGUCGAAAAUCGAAGAUGUGUACCCGUGCACGCCUCUACAAGAGGGGCUAAUGGCUCUGUCAGCCAAGGUGAGCGAAGCCUACGUUGCGCAGCGUGUAAUCGAGCUCGAAGACGAGACGGCGGUGCAGAACCUUGCGAAGGCGUUCGAAUCAGCUUCUGCGAACUCUGCGAUUCUCCGGACCAGGAUUGUCCAGGUGCCCGACUACGGCUUGAUGCAGGUUGUGGUUAAAGACGACUUUAGCUGUAAGAGCUUAUCAGGGCAGAGCCUCAACGACUACCUAGUGCAGGAUAGGAGUGACCCGGUCCAACUUGGUAGACCUUUGGUUAGAUACGGGGUUGUUACGAACGAAAGAGACAAUGGGAAUUCGUACUUCGUGUUGACGAUGCACCACGCGCUCUACGACGGAUGGUCGAUGCCUCUAGUAGUCGAACGUGUUAACAGGGCACACAACGAUCUGACUACUGAGAGGCCGGCUGAAUUCAAGCACUUCAUCAGCUACCUCGAGACCAUGGAUCGUGGGGAGUCGGAGAAGUACUGGAGAGAGCGUUUAGAUGGGGCCAACGGCGAGCAAUUCCCUCCUCUUCCCUACCCAGGCUACCAGCAGCAAGCCGACUCCCUCCUAGAACACUAUAUACACACCGGGAAGCCCAUCGCUGGCAUAACUAUCGCCACUAUCAUUCGUGGCGCCUGGGCAUCCUUGGUCUCGACUUACACGGCAUCAAACGACGUCGUAUUCGGAGAGACGCUCACUGGACGCAACGCCCCUAUCCCGGGAGUCGAAGAGAUCGAGGGGCCCAUGAUCGCCACGAUACCGGUCCGAGUUGCCGUCGACCCGAACACCACGGUCAAGGAGUAUUUACAAGAGAUUCACGACCAGUCCGUUGCUAGUAUACCUCACGAACACUUCGGCCUGCAACACAUCAGGCGCCUGAGCCCAGAUGCUCGGGAAGCCUGCGAACUACGAACCGGUUUGGUCUUGCACCCUAGUACCGAUGCCGACACGGAGGCUUCCGGCGGCAAACAACCGGCCGACGGGUUCGUCCCCGCUGGCGAUGCGGAGGCGGCGCAGGAGGCACUCAAGUUCAACACGUACGCUCUGAUGCUGGUGUGCUCUCUCGACCCGCAAGGAUUCCUAGUCAUGGCGAGCUUCGACUCGAAGACAGUGGCAAGCCCGCAAAUGGAAAAGAUGCUUCGGCAGUUGGGACAUAUUACGCAAGAGUUCAUCAAGAACCCGGACGCAAAAUACGGCCAGCUUCAGCUGCUAACCGACGGGGAUACGGCUGAAGUCGCUCGCUUGUCUACAGUCGGCGCGACGAGCUCAGCCGUAGCGUCUCUUCUCCCGGCUGGUUGCGAGGUGUCCGAGACGUGGAUAGUCAACCCGUUUAACACGGAAAGAUUGCUACCCCCCGGCGCGGUAGGAGAGCUCCUAGUACGGUGUACUACUACUGGUGAUGCUGGCCUCGAGUCGGUUCCGCAUCCCAAGCAGGCUAGCAACAAUGGCAACGGCCAGAUUUACAGAACUCGCAAGCUCGCAAAGUACGACACGAACGGCACCAUAACCUUGGUUGAACGUCAGAGCCACGCCAACACCUCUAGCACCGGCCCUCGGCAAAAACACGUCUCGGCAACUUCGGCGAAGCAGAAGAGGCUGCGGCAGGCCUGGAGCCGGAUAUUGAAGAUCAGUGAAGACGAGAUCGGGCUGACCGACAGCUUCUUCCAGCUCGGCGGCGAUUCCAUCGGAGCCAUGAAGAUUGUGUCGGAGCUUCGCGCCGACGGCUUCGAGCUGACCGUGCCCGAGAUCUUUAGCCACAGGACGCUGUACGACAUGGCGCGGGUCCUGAGAGAGGGGAAGCCCGCGGUCGAAUCGGCGGAGCCGCCCCCGCCGCCGUUUUCACUACUCGACGUCCCGGAUGCCGAGGCCUUCAUCGCCGAGGUGGUCCGGCCCGUCCUCCCCCGGGACGACCUCGUGAUCAAAGACAUCAUCCCCGCGCGGCCGCUCCAGCACAUCGCGGUCAGGGGCACCACGCGGCUCCCGCGGUACUCGGCGCGGUACGAGCUCUUCCACCUCGACGGGCCAGUCGACCGCGAGAGGCUGUUCGCCAGCUGCCAGGAGCUCGUGGCGCGGAACGAGGUGCUGCGGACGGUCUUCGUCGAGCGCGGCGGGUCGUGCUUCGGGGUGGUGCUGGAGUCGCUGCGGGUCGCGGUGGAGUCGUACGAGAUCGAGGGCGACGUGCCGUCAUUCUGCCACAAGCUCUGCGACGUCGACGUGCAGACACGCAUGCCGCUGGGCUCGCCGUUCGUCAAGUUCCUCUUCGUGCGCGGCGAGGCGUCGCGCAGCUGCCUCGCCGUGCGCAUCUCGCACGCGCAGUACGACGAGAUCUGCCUGACGGGCCUGCUGCGCCAGCUCGCCGCCCUGUACGUCGGCGGCGCCCCCGUCCCCGACGCCGUCCCCUUCUCCUCCUUCGUCUACCACGUCGUCCGCAAGGCCAUCCCCCGCAGCAUCCCCUACUGGCGCGAGCUGCUCGCGGGCAGCGCGCUGACCGUCCUGCGCCCCGACCUCCCGGUCUCCCCCGCGAGGACUCCCGCCGCCGUGGUCCGCACGCUCGACAUCUCGGCGCGCGCCCGCGACGUCACCGUGGCGACGAUUCCGACGGCCGCGUGGGCGCUGUGCCUCGCGCGCCGCCUCGCACUCCGCGACGUCGUGUUCGGCGAGGUCGUGAGCGGCCGCAGCACGGACCUGGCGGGCGCCGACGCCGUCAUGGGGCCGACGUGGCAGUACGUGCCGGUGCGGGUGCGCUUCGGCGAGGGGUGGACGGCGGGGGACCUGCUGCGGUUCGUGCAGCACCAGCACGUGGCGAGCGCGCAGCACGAGGGCAUGGGGCUGGCAGAGAUCGCGCGCGCAUGCGGGCCGGGAUGGCCGGCGACGGGCGACCCGGGCGCCGCGGACGGCUGGUGGUUCGACUCGGUCGUGCACCAGGAUGUGUACCACGUCGAGGAGCUGUCGUUCGGGCCCGCGACCGCCUGCCGCCUCGAGACGGUCUACCCGCACCUCGAGCCGCUGCGCGAGUGGAAGGUCCAGGCGUUCGUGAACGGCGACAGCCUGACCCUGGAGAUCGUCACCUUCGAGGACUGGAUCGGCGUCGCGGCCGAGCUGCUCGACGACCUGGAGCGCAUCGUCGAAGGCCUCGUCAAGAGGCCGAACGAGCCUCUCUUUGCGUAAAUGGGAGAGGAAACAUGGGGAGGAAGGGAACAGUGUAAAACCAUCAGUUUGCGUUUCUUGAUAUGUUAGGUAUUUUUCAUCAGCUUUUUCUACAACUUGAGGUGUCCGCAUCGAAUCUUCGUACAUAUUUUACACACGGGAUCGGAAUAACUAUUAUCAAAUCCACUCUUUUCCCAUGUAUGUCUGUUUUAUAUCCCCCUUUGCCGGCACGGAUAUAUUAGCGCAGUUAAUUCGUUGAUGAGCCUUCAUCUGUGGAACCACGACGGGAGUUGAAGCCUAUUCCCCUUACUAGAACCCCGGCCCUGAUCUAUGAUGAUCCCAAAAGCCGAAGAACGCUGAACUAUCUCAUCCCCACUAAAGUCGGUAUUUUCGGUUUGGCCGUGGGUGGCAAGGGGAUGGUCGUCGUAGGCAAAGGUAGCGUAGCACUUGAG